UUAGCUUCAAACAGGAACAGCUGCUUGUUCUGCCGGAGGAGAGUCGAGCCACAGCGACAGAUACAGCUCGCUCCAGGGCCGUCCUUCCCCGCCCCCCUUUCGUAAACAACAUGAUGUCCAGGGCGAGAAGCACCGCGACUCGGCGGCUCGACAAGGCGCUGCCGCUGUUGUUGCCUCUCCUGGGCCUGUUGCUGUGUGCGAGCGGCCGGAGCCGAGCGGAGGACGGCGGGAUGAUGGACGACAUCGUGACGGAGAAGCAGGCGGAGGAGAGCCACCGGCAGGACAGCGCCAAUCUCCUGGUGUUCAUCGCUCUGCUCACCCUCACCAUCCUCACAAUCUGGCUCUUCAAGCACCGGCGUUUCCGCUUCCUGCACGAGACCGGGCUGGCCAUGAUCUACGGUCUGUUAGUGGGUGUGGUGCUUCGCUACGGGAUCCACGUGCCCCGGGAUAUCAACAACAUGACGCUGAGCUGCCUUGUGAAUGCCAGCCCGGCCACGCUCUUGGUGAACGUCAGUGGCAAGUUCUAUGAGUACACACUGAAGGGCGAGAUCAGUGCCAAUGAGAUCAGUGAGGUACAGGACAACGAGAUGCUUAGGAAGGUGACUUUUGAUCCAGAAGUGUUUUUUAAUAUUCUGCUCCCACCAAUCAUCUUUCAUGCAGGCUACAGUCUGAAAAGGAGACACUUCUUCAGGAACUUGGGCUCCAUCCUAGCGUACGCCUUCAUGGGGACCGUCAUCUCUUGUUUUGUCAUUGGCAUGAUAAUGUAUGGCUGUGUGAUGCUGAUGAAGGAGGUGGGCCAGCUGGCUGGGGAAUUCUUCUUCACCGACUGCCUGUUUUUUGGAGCCAUUGUGUCGGCCACAGACCCAGUGACAGUUCUGGCCAUCUUUAAUGAGCUCCAGGUGGAUGCAGAUCUGUACGCCUUGCUGUUUGGGGAGAGUGUGUUGAAUGACGCUGUGGCCAUUGUGCUGUCUUCGUCCAUCGUGGCCUACCAGCCAGCAGGGGACAACAGCCACACGUUUGAGGCUACAGCAAUGCUCAAGUCCUUCGGCGUGUUCCUGGGGGUGUUCAGCGGCUCCUUUGCACUUGGCGUGGCGACGGGCAUCGUCACUGCCUUGGUCACCAAGUUUACCAAACUGCGGGACUUCCCGUUGCUGGAAACGGCGCUCUUCUUCCUCAUGUCCUGGAGCACCUUCCUGCUGGCCGAGGCAUGUGGCUUCACAGGUGUGGUGGCCGUGCUCUUCUGCGGGAUCACCCAGGCCCACUACACCUACAACAACCUGUCUCCUGAGUCCCAGGACAGGACCAAGCAGCUGUUUGAGCUGCUUAAUUUCCUGGCAGAAAACUUCAUCUUCUCCUACAUGGGUCUGACGCUCUUCUCAUUCCAGUACCACGUCUUCAAUCCCAUGUUCAUCAUCGGGGCAUUUCUGGCUGUUUUCCUGGGCAGGGCAGCUAACAUAUACCCGCUGUCCUUGCUGCUCAACUUUGGCCGCAGGAACAAGAUUGGCUCCAACUUUCAGCACGUCAUGAUGUUUUCAGGGUUACGUGGAGCCAUGACCUUUGCCCUCUCGAUCCGGGACACCGCGACCUAUGCACGGCAGAUGAUGUUCUCCACCACCCUGCUCAUCGUCUUCUUCACCGUGUGGGUGUGCGGCGGCGGCACCACGCAGAUGCUGUCCUGCAUGCGCAUUCGUGUGGGUGUGGACUCGGACCAGGACAAUUCAGUUAGCACUUUGGACGGCACGGAGCGGAGAACUAAACACGAGAGCGCUUGGCCUUUCAGACUGUGGUACAACUUUGACCACAAUUACCUGAAGCCCAUCCUGACACACAGCGGACCCCCUCUCACCGCCACUCUGCCCGCCUGCUGCGGUCCCUUGGCACGGUGCCUCACGAGCCCCCAGGCCUACGAGAACGAGGGGCAGCUGCGGGACGACGACUCGGACUUGAUCCUGAACGACGGCGAUAUCAGCCUGACUUACGGCGACGUGACCGUGAGCGCCGACGCCUCGGGCGCCCGCGCCAGCAGGGGCCUCGGCCCGCUUUGCGGCGUGACCUCCGACGAGGCGCUGGACCGGGAGCUCGCCUUUGGGGAGCAGGAGCUCGUGAUCCGGGGCACCAGGCUGGUGCUGCCCAUGGACGACUCUGAGGGGCCCCUGGCCCCUGCCCUGCCGCCCCCCCCGUCCGGCCUGGACCUGCGGCGACACAGAGAGUGAGGACCGCUGCACGGCAAGCAGGAGGGAGAAGCACCUCUCUCUCUCUCUCUCUCUCUCUCUCUCUCUUCCCCCCUCAUCAUCAAUCCUCAUUCUGCUUUUUAAAAAACAAAACUCUUUCUUCAGCAAGUGUUUCUCUUCUUCCUCUCUACCUCACCUUACUCCUCCCUUCAAACAUCUCUUAUAUUUAUUUAUGAUUUCUCCCCCCCCCCCCCUUAAUUUGAAGCAUCUGCAAUUUCUGUACAUUUUGGGCUAUAGUGCAGUCAGCGUGGCAGUCUUCCUAAAGCAACAUCCGAACAUUGGCAGGAGGUGUCUAGAAGUAUGCAUGUCUCCAAAAAAGUUGACGAAGAAGUGUAGCUGAUGCUUUUCGUUAGUAUAGCAAAGUGAGCAAAGUGUUUCUGUUUCCUAAUAUGGCAUGCAAAGUAAAACGGGGCUCAUUUUUCUACGAGACGUCCAAGGGGUCUUCGCUCGGAGCCUGUCCCACGUGCCGUCGUUGUCCUUGUCCACUGUGGGUGUUGCUGCACCGCUCUAGGUCUGCCUUCCCCCUGCGAUCGUGUCGGCGGCGGUGGCGGCGGGUCGUUCCAGCGGCUCUGCAUCACCGUAGGGUUUUCGACAAAGUGCCUAACGAAAUGUGGUCCCUCCAGGUGAAAGAUAGCAGUGUGUGUGUGUGUGUGUGUGUGUGUGUGUGUGUGUGUACCAGUAUUAAUCCAGUCUUUUUUCCAGGGGACUUGCGGAUGGGGGUCUUCUAAUGUCUUGCCCCAUAUGUCUCAGAUUUCACAUUGACCUUUGGCUGUGACUUGAGGUUUUCCACAUUGCUCUGUAACCACAUGUUCUGUAUGGUAAAAGAGGUAGAGUCACCCUUUGUUAAAGAGGAGCUUCUACUGAUGCACACAGAUUUUCAGAAAACACGCACAUUUAAUUAGGCUUUGCUUUUAUUUUUUGUUUUAUUUUCAAAUCCUGCGAAGCUAACGCUAACUGUGAAUUUGAAGAAAUUGUAAAUUGCAUGUUGUAUCUGGACGCAAAAGACGUCGAAGCAAAAAAAGGCGGGAUUUAGGUGCAUUCUGACUCGCUGGAGGAAUCUGGGAUUCCGAACGGCGACGAUGGGAGGUACUGACAGCUUCGUAGCACCGUGAAGCCAGGUUACAGUUGAAAGGCGUUAUCCCUGAUUUAUUUCAUUUUCAUUGUGAUACUUUUAGGAUUAUGAUACUUCAAUAAGCACAGAAGUUGAGAACUGAACAUUGUUUUUCUUUUCCUCCCACUAACUGCAAUUUUGCACUCGAUUGGCGUCGAUUUCUUUCAAGCGUCACUCUUCAUUUGUGGCGUACCCCCUAAUAGUUCUCAUUGGUCCUCGACAGUCGACACCGUGCUUCUGCUCACGGCUUCAGCUGAACAUUGAUAAAAGAUGUGCAGAGAGGCACGAGAUCACAGGUAUCCAAAGCAAAGUUGUCGAGGCUUCCCAUUUGUAACUCAUUUGACGCAUCAAAUUUUUAGACGGAAAGAACUGAGUUUGUAAGGUUCUGGCAAUAGGCAUUGGGGAUGGUGGCAGCGGGCGGUGGCCUUACAACAAGCCCUUUGCUGACCCGCCGUUUUAUUUACAGCUGCAGAGAGAGUCUAGAAGUGCUUCUCAAAUUAUCAUUAUUUAUUUUUCUUUUUUUUUUCCCCACCAACUAUUGUCAGCGCAAAGCUGAUUUUCAGAUUUUCUGGCGAUGCUAGGGCAGCGCACGAGCAAAGCAUGAGUGACGUCGAGGAGUUUGUCCUUGCACUAAUUCUACUCCGUUUUUGUGUUGUCAUUUUACGUAAUUGUAGUAAAUGAAGUGUGUCGGGA